CUGUUUGCCGCAUACACAUUGUCUGUUAUUCGCACAAGCCGGCACCGGCAUUGGGCAGCUGUCUGCUGUUCGCACAAGCCAUCACCAGCACUGGGCAGCCGACUGUGGUGACCGGAUAUGUGCCUAGAAACUAGUAAUACGCGUACGUAGACGUGUAGGAAUCUCGUGGUGUGCUCAAGGUUUAGCGUAGUUGCACAAUAUUUGGGCAGUUGGCAGGAAAAGGUGGAGGUACAAGCAGGGUAGACUGUACAGUAGAAGGAGACUACAGCCCAGAAUACUAGUCAAUAUCUAAAAUGAUUAGUAGACUGUACUCGGUGAGCUCUACUCUAGAGCUACUGAAAGCAGACCGACAGCCCUAGGAGCGUUCGUACACCGUUUCCAAAUAAGCACUACUUCUGGUGGCAAAUAUGUCCAAGCAAUUACAAAAUUUAUUUAGCUCAGAGCAGAAGGACAGGUCACGUGAGCUGUGCAUUGUGGUGGGCUGGUAAGAACAUGGCGUCUGCAUUCCGAAGACUGACCGUUGUUUCCCGAACGUUUAUACUUGCGUUAUUGGGUAUUCCGACAACGUAUUGGUUUAAUUCCAUGAAAUCGAUGUCGAAUCAUUGGGUAAUUUUCUGGGGCUCCAAUGCGAUCCUAGCUGCUGUGGUUCUCUUCGUCUACCUUUUUCCUCCAACGGAAAGCGACAGUCCUGCCAGAAAGGAUCCUUUCCUUUACGCGUUCUCUCUCUUUUGCUAUACUGCUCUUGUCGACCUAUGCAUCGGUCUUGAAUUACAUGGUUGGAUCAGCAACUCCAUGCUAUUCUAUUUCAAAGAAGGAGAACCCUACUUGGCUACCUCCCAUGGUAUGAUGAUCAAUUACUGGGAUGGAACUGUACACCUGCUCUUGUAUUUGAUACUCAUUGAUGGGAUAGCAAGGCGACAUGAAUAUCGAAAUAUUGGCCUGUAUUGGUUUGGAUCUAUAUUCAAUAGCCUCAUUGUUCUCCUCUGUGGCUCAGUAUCAGGUGAAAUUGGUACUCGCCUACGAGCAUCGUAUUUUCUCAAUACAGCAUAUGUUAUUGUACCACUUGUAUUUGUCACCCGCUUACUUCAAAAGGAUCGACACUUCAUAGUUAAAACACAAGACAAGACAGGAAUCUGGAGGCGACCAUUAGACAUGCUGUUCAUUGUCUACUUUGUUGGUGCCAUCAUUGUGGCAUUCAUCAGAGGCUAUGCCAGUCUUGGCUCUCCAACUUGGAUCAGUCAAUGGUAUCUCACUGAAGUUGAGCCUUACAUCGCCGAUUCAUCAGGAUUUCCCAGAAUGCAGAUGUUGACUUAUGUUUGGUAUUUUGUGCCCUAUUAUGGCAUGUCUAUUUAUGGGCUACUAAAUCAUGGUAGGUCAUGGAUGCUGGACUGGUCUAUGAUACAUGCUGGAGCAGCAGCACAGGCUCAGUUUAGUCACAUUGGAUCAUCUCUAUACAGCCUAAAUGGUAGUCAACAAGUACCAGAGGGUGGUGCAUUGACAUUUUGGCUGGUUAAUAUUAGCUUAGCCAUUGUUCCGCAGCUCUUUGCGUUUCGCUGCUUUACCAAUGAAAACUUCUUUGUACCUUCGUCUUCCAAAGCUUCUGACUGAGACAACUAGAUCUCUUGUCGACUGUAAUUCAAUAUGAUAGCUUUGGUUCUGUUUCUUUCUCAUAUUCAAGUUUGAUGUUAAACAGUGACGUGACCUUUUCAGACAUAGAGAACUGUCGGCCAUCAGUGCUUGCUCACAGAUAACACGAGUGUACUGUACCUGUUUGAAUUUUGCUCGAAUUUUCUUUAUCUUCUCUUGCAAAUUUGGAUCAGUAGGUUUGUCUACAGGAAACUCAGCAAUCAUGAUCAACAGCUGUUCAAGACA